AUGAAUAUGAAUGAAAACCAACUCGACGAUGGUCCCUCGUGCAUCCCACUCGGAGUCCAAAUGGAGCAGAUGCUGCGCAAUGCCAUCACAAUGACAGAAAUGGGCAUGGACAUGAAGGAGCGCCUAGUACAAGGCGACAAAUACAUAUGCUAUCUCCGCACAGUCACCCUCCGUGCAACUAAAAAUCUGCAUAGCCUGCAGCACACCUGCAACCAAUUCCUUACAAUGGCACAUCGUUUAGUCACAAACGGAAUCACAGUCCUUGAACAUUCCGCAAACUCAGAGUAUAACACCAUCAACACCAAACUGGAAUAUGAAAAACUCUUACAGAUAAUUGAGAAGGAACUGUGUGAGACUGAUGAACAAGAUUCAGACUCAGAGACAACUUUUGCAACAAACACACAUGAAAAAAUUAAGUAUUUAGAAGCGAGGCAAAAAAUAGCUGAAAACGCGCCAUCUUUACAUCAUUCAUGCAGUGUAAAAAGCGUAAAGAGUGAUGUCGAUGAGAAAUACCCCGAAAAUUGGUCGAGGGAUUCAUUGAUUGACUUAAACAACGUAGUUAACCUACCUCCAGUUCCUGAAGACAUCUUCACUUGCUUUAAUAGUAAACAACCGACGCGGACUUCCAGUUUAAGCAGUCUUAAAGGAAUGCGCAAAGUGAAAUUAUUCUUACAGAGAGCCGCAAGUAAUUCCGAUGAUGAAGAUAGCAGCGACUUGGAUGAUACUCACGAUAUAAUAGGUGACAACGAUAUCUGCGAAAAGUCCAACAAGAAGUUAUGCAACAUCACAGAGGAAAGUCAUCAGGAAUAAAAUACAAACCUUAAACUUACAUCUAAUUCCCAUCAUUUCCAUAUACAUUAGAUACAUAAAUAAAAUAAACAUGGAGUGUAGUUGAAUGUUA